CGCCUCUGCCGGCCGGCGAGUGCACAGAGGAUCUCAAUUGACAUUUCGUGAUCCUGCUUGUCCGCCGUAGGUAGGGUAUAAUGGCUGUCUCCAGAUGCCAGCGGCUCAGCGGAGCCCUGGUCCAGGAACUAUUGGCCACAGUAGACACUGUUCUAUUUGACUGCGAUGGAGUGAUAUGGCGGGGAGACCAGGUCAUUCCUGGGGCCCCCGAGGUCAUAAACGCGCUUAAGAGCCACGACAAGCGUGUUUUCUUCGUGACCAACAACAGCACGAAGACCCGAGCGAUGUAUGCGGAGAAGCUGGGCCGCUUGGGCUUCCAGGCCAGCGAGGAAGAGGUGUUCGGUACAGCUUACUGCUCAGCUGUUUAUCUAAAACGAACGGCAAAACUGGAUGGCAAAGUGUACCUGAUCGGUGGGAAUGCUUUGAGCCAGGAGCUCCAGCGCGUGGGGAUUCCGCAUUUGGGUAGUGGACCCGACCCUGUCACCGGCUCGCAAAACGACUGGGCAAACGUGCCGCUUGACCCCGACGUUAAGGCCGUGCUAGUGGGUUUUGACGAGCAUUUCAGCUACAUGAAAUUGGCCAGGGCACUACGUUAUCUGGACGACCCCCGGUGCCUCUUCAUCGGCACCAAUACUGAUACGCGACUGCCUCUGGAAGGGGGGCGAGCAGUACCAGGAACGGGUUGCUUAGUUCGGGCUGUAGAGACUGUUGCUCACCGUAAGGCUCAGAUCAUUGGGAAGCCAAACCACUUCAUGUUUGAUUGCUUGGCCAGUGAGUAUGGCAUUCAGCCAUCUAGAACACUGAUGGUGGGUGACCGUUUAGAUACAGACAUACUGUUGGGUUCUAACUGUGGUGUGAAGACCCUGCUAACACUUACCGGAGUUUCACGGCUGGAGGAGGCACUCGAGCAUCUGGAGAGUGGCAGCGAGGCCCGGUUGCGCUUAGUUCCUGAUUAUUACGUGGACACCAUUGGAGAUCUGCUUCCUGCUUUGCAAGGUUAAAUCUGAACAUUAAGUUAUUGUCCCAGGACUAAGAACAAGAACCUAUUUCUUCCCAACUCCUUGUUCGCUCUGCGAAUUCAAGUGAUCAUUACCUCUGGGCAUAGUGCCUCUCAUUCUAGGUCCUGGCAGAAAUGUGAACAUUGCACUGCUUUUUUCCCUGGGGCUUGGCCAAAUUUUCUUACAUUCGGAUUUGUUUAAUUUCAUAAUGGUAAAACAUGUCCAUUUUGAGAUCUGAAGGCUUAACCUGUUAUGCAAGAUUGUUUAUAUUAAAUAGAACUCGGCCACCUUGAAGGGAGGCUGAGUGUUUGCAGUUGUACCCCUAAGCAGAGUAUGGUCUUGAAGAAACUGUUUUCAUCAGUAGAUGCUUAUAAUGAGUGUGUAAGACUAUUUAAAUAAAAUUAACCUUUCUGCCCA